CUCAACUCACCAAAUCCUGCCCAAACUAGACGCUCGUCGCUUUAUUGAACAGCUGUCUUCUCUUAAAACAACAUAUACCGGAUACCUGAAAAUGAAUUUCAGGGAUAUCGUCUUUGUUGCCUUUGUUCUGGGCGUAGCAACAGCCCAGUCCAAGACCUGCAAGACAGAGGCAGACUGCCCUAAGGAAUUCCCUGUUUGCUGUGGGUUUAUCCCUACCAACAAAUACUGCCUGCCGAAAGGUACGGUCUGCUAGGGAAUGCGGGUAUAAAGGUCUGGUCGUUGGCACAGCAGGCUCUGUUGGGGUAUUCAAAUGUUAGAGGGGGUGUACUGAUGGCUUGGAUGUGAUGCUGCAUCUAUGAGCUUUUGUUUAAGAAAUUUGACUUGUUGCAUAGAAUGAG